AUGAAAUUUCAAUCGCGAAUUUCUCAUUUUCUUUUCAUGUCUCACCCCAACAAAUGGCUCAUAGCCUAUAAUUCCAUCUCCGCUUCAUUGUGGACCAUUGUGCUCUUCAACACCAUCUUCUUGGGCGCCUCUCUUGGCCAGCCUCUUUUGUUUGACAAAACCAACAAAAUUACCACCGCAAUUCAAACCUUGGCCGUGGUGGAAAUCUACAACUCAUUGGUAGGAAACGUUAAGUCUCCUAUCUUCACCACAACCACCCAAGUCUUUUCCAGGUUGCUCAUCGUGUGGGGAAUAUGCCAGGCUUUACCCAACUCGCCAGCUAACUCCCAUUGGUGUUACAUCACCUUGUCGUUGUCUUGGUCCAUCACCGAAAUUAUUCGUUACUCGUACUACGCUACCAACUUGGCGGGUCCCGUUCCUCAAUGGUUGACGUGGUUGAGAUACACCACCUUCUACGUGUUGUAUCCUACUGGGGUGUCGUCGGAAAUUUCCAUGAUUUACUUGUCGUUGAACGAAGCCAGUGCUGUGUUGGGCGACUGGUAUAAAUGGACCCUCAUCGCCAUUAUUUGCACCUACCCACCUGGUUUCUACAUGUUGUACACCUACAUGAUCAAGCAGAGAAAGAAGGUAUUGGGCACCAAGAAAAAGUUGCAAUGA